AUGAACCGCUUCAAGGCGUCUCGGUUCCGGCACGCGGUGGCCAAGACAGCCCGCAAGGAGUUUGAGAUCCCUGCUCGAAGAGAAGCCUGGAUCAGGGAUGUCCGAGCCGGCUCCACCAUCUCCUGUGGGAACCACAUCAAGUCCAGCUGCCACUUGAUAGCGUUUAAUGCUGACUCGGCAGGCGUGUUGGGCAUCGUGCCGCUGGAGAGCCGGGAUGGAGGGAAGAGGGCUGUGUCCCAGCUGUGCUGCCAUUCAGACGUGGUGACGGACUUUGACUUUUCUCCGUUUGACGCGCUCCUGCUGGCGACAGGCUCCGCUGAUGAAACCGUGAAGGUGUGGCGCCUGUCUGAGAGCGGCCAGGACCUGCCCUCCUGCCCUGGAGUGACCCUGGGGCCGGCAGGGUGCCAGGUGGAGACACUCCAGUUCCACCCGACAGCGGAUGGCGUACUGGUGAGCGGAGCUGGGAGAACGGCAAAGGUCUGGGAUGUGGCCCAGCAGAAACCCCUGACAGCACUGGAACCUCACGGUGACCUGAUCCAGAGUGUGUCCUGGAAACAAGAUGGCGCCCUCCUCGGCACCUCCUCUAAGGAUAAGAAGCUGCGGAUCUUUGACCCAAGGACCAAGCCAGCUGCAGCCCAGAGCAUCCAGGGUCACGAAAACAACAAGGAUUCCAGGCUACUCUGGAUGAACGCCAGCGAUUACGUCCUCUCCGUAGGAUUCAGCCAGAUGAGGGAGCGUGAGGUGAAGCUGUGGGACACACGGCGAUUCAGCAGCUCGCUCGUCUCCUUCGCGCUGGACACCUCCUCAGGGGCAGCGAUCCCACUCUUGGACCCCGACACCGGGCUCUUGGUGGUGGCUGGAAAGGGUGAAAAUCUCCUCUACUGCUUUGAAGUGUGCCCCUCGCUGCCAGCCCUGACACAGGUGACCCAGUGUCUGACAGAGGGCAAGGCCAAGGGCGCCGCCCUGGUGCCAAAGCGGGCACUGGACGUCAUGUCCUGCGAGGUGCUCAGAGUCCUGCAGCUGACGGACAGCUUCAUUGUUCCCAUCAGCUACACGGUGCCCCGCAAGUCCUUGCAGGAGUUCCACGAAGAUCUGUUCCCGGACUCCACUGGGCCCGUCCCUGCGGUGUCAGCGCAGGGCUGGUGGGCAGGGGACAACAAGCAGGUGGAGAAGAUGAGCCUGAACCCCGCCCGCAGGCCCCGGGAGACCUUCACCUCCUGCCUGUGUCCCCCUGCCCAGCAUGAGGAGCCUGCGCCACCCGCUGCCCAGCAGCCCGCCGCCCGCUCUGGGGACGUGGACAGGAGCGAGGGCAGCGGCCUCUCGUCUCCCCCCAGCUCCCUGAGCUCUCCCUCCAGCUCAGCCCCAUCUCUCUCCACCACCAGCCCCAGUCCCAGUCCGAAGUCCCUGCAGAGCAUUCUGGGGCCCAGCUCCAAGUUCCGUCACACCCUGGGUACGGUGCUGCCCCGCGGCACCCACAUCACCAACCUCAAGGGGCUGAACCUCACCACACCGGGAGAGAGUGACGGCGUCUGCGCCAACCGGCUGCGCGUCGCCGUCCCGCUGCUGUCAGCAGGCGGGCAGAUCGCCGUGCUGGAGCUCUCCAAGCCGGGCCGGCUCCCCGACACGUCCGUGCCCACCAUCGAGAAUGGGACGCCGGUCGCAGACUUCUGCUGGGACCCCUUUGACCUGCAGCGCCUUGCAGUCGCGGGCGACGAUGCCAAGAUCCGCCUGUGGCGAAUCCCCCCCGGAGGGCUGCAGGAGACGCUGCUGGAGCCUGAGGCCGUGCUCAGAGGUCACACGGAGAAGAUCUACUCCCUCAAAUUCCACCCUCUGGCUGCAGACAUACUGGCUUCCUCCUCCUACGACAUGAGCGUGCGGAUCUGGGACCUGCAGGCGGGCAGGGAGGAGCUGUGCCUGAGGGGGCACCGAGACCAGAUCUUCAGCCUGGCUUGGAGUCCGGAUGGCCGGAAGCUGGCCACGGUCAGCAAGGAUGGCAGAUUGCGGGUCUAUGCGCCCCGCCAGUCCCCGGAGCCUGAGCAGGAAGGCCCCGGCCCCGAGGGCGGGCGAGGUGCGCGGCUGGUCUGGGUCUGUGGUGGCCGCUAUCUGCUGGUGUCUGGCUUCGACAGCCGCAGCGAGCGCCAGCUGUAUCUGUCUGACCCAGCAUCCCUGGCAGCCGGGCCCCUGGCAGUGGUGAGCAUCGACACGGCUCCCUCCACCCUCAUCCCCUUCUACGACCCAGACACCAGCGUGGUCUUCCUCACGGGCAAGGGCGACACGAGAGUCUUUGUCUACGAGCUGGUCCCCGAGGCGCCCUUCUUCCUGGAGUGCAACAGCUUCGCCUCCAGCGACCCUCACAAGGGCUUCGUGUUCCUGCCCAAGACGGAGUGCGAUGUGCGGGAGGUGGAGUUUGCCAGGGCUCUGCGCUUGAGGCAGAGCUCCAUCGAGCCUGUUGCCUUCAGGGUCCCCCGAGUCAAGAAGGACUAUUUCCAGGACGACAUCUACCCAGCCACCGCAGUAUGCUGGGAGCCGGCCCUCCAUGCCGCGGCCUGGCGCGCGGGAACCGAUGGGCAGCACCGCACCAUCAGCCUGCAGCCCCGGGACAUGACGCCAGUGAGCGCGGCCCCGCAGGAUGUGCCGAUCCGGAAGUACGUCCCAGCCUCGGUCUACCUGGAGGAGAAGUCUGAUGAGCAGAAGAAGGAGGAGCUGCUGAGCGCGAUGGUGGCCAAGUUGGGUAACCGGGAUGACCCCCUGCCGCAGGAAUCCUUCGAAGGGGUGGAUGAAGCGGAAUGGGACUAG